AGUCUCACUGGGAUUGUUAUCAAGAUCAAGUAUUAUAACCCCACCCUUCUGUUCUGCUUCCAUGGCAGCAAAACACCUUCCCAAGCUUCAAGCUAAGACAACAUUCCAAACACUAAUCUGUAAAAAGCCAUGGCCGACACGGGUGGUGGUUCUGCUCUCUGGGAAGGAGGAAUUGGCGGUGGUGGUGGUGGUGAAGGUGAUGGUGUUUGGCCGUCUUCAAAGACUAAGAUUAGAGGACUGCAUGGCUCAAGCCCGCCGCCUUUCUUGAUCAAGACAUAUGAAAUGGUGGAUGAUCCUCUCACAAACCACAUAAUUUCUUGGAGCCAUUCUGGGAACAGCUUCAUUGUUUGGAAUCAUCUCAUUCUUGCUUCAGAUAUUCUCCCAAGAUUCUUCAGGCACAGCAAUUUCUCCAGCUUCAUUUACCAGCUCAACAACUAUGGAUUUAGGAAGAUUGGGUUGCAGAGAUGGGAGUACGAGAAUGCCUGGUUUCAAGCUGGGAAGAAGCAUCUGCUGAUGAACAUCAAGAGCCGGCAUCAUAAAUUAAGAAAGAUGUCUCAAAGAGGCUCCCAAGAAUGCGUAUAUGAGAUGAAGGAAGAACUGGACAGCUUGAGAGAUGACCAAAAUAUGAUCACUGCUGAAAUGCACAAGCUUAAACAGAUGCAAGAGGACAUGCAGAGCCAAAUGUGUGCCUUCAAGAAGCAUGUGAGAAUGGUGGAGACUAAGUCCAGAGAAGAGCUUACAGUGCUGGCAAAAGCCAUGAACAAAGUGAUGAUGAAGGAGGUGCUUAAGUAUGUGAGAGAGGGAAAGGAGCAAAAACUGGGUUUGCAGGGAACUGGUGAAAUGUCGAAAAGUGGGGAGGGAAAAGACGAGAGCAUCGAAGUGGAUACGUCUGAAAGUUCAAAGAGCUUUGGUGCAGAAACCGGGAAGAACAAAGCGGAGGAGGAACAGCAGAAGAAAGAAGUGAAAUUGGAUGAUCUAAUGAUCUCCAAGAUGAUAAUGGAUGAAGCAGAAGAUGUGAUUGCCAAGACUACAAGUUUGGAGGAAGAGGAAGUGGUGGUAGUAGUUAAUCUUGAACUCUAGCCUGUGCUAUAUAUCAUUUCUGCUUUUAAUUCUUUCACCCCCCAAAAAAAAAAAAAAAAAAAAAAA